CUGAGUGAGUACUUUAUUUAUCUGUACAUUAACAACAGCUGACAGCGUUCAGUUUAACGUCAAUAUCUUUAGAGGAAGCUCACGAGACAAGGCAACACGCUUGAGCACCGUAGGAGACUGGGAGUGUGAGUAGGCUACACGCAAGUCCUUGAGCUCUUUCAGCAAGGAGAAGAUGAAAUGGAGAAAGUGGUAUCUGGAGUCUUAUCUGAUUCAAUAAGAGUAACGAGUGUGUGGAUACCAGAGGAGACGCUUUGAUCACAUUAGGAGAUUGUGUGGUUCUCAUUCACACUCCGAAAACAAAAAGGUACAAUUGAGCCACUGACGAAGGCAUGUGGCGGAUAUUAUGGCUUACAGUCGGCACACGCCUCUUUGGAGCCAACAGCUGGCUGCCUCACACUGUCCUGUAGCUGGGCCGCCUCUGCCUGAGCUCCAUGCACCUCACGUAUCGUACCUUUUGACUUCAUGAAGAUUCCUGACAUCGGUGAUGUAAUGAAUAAAUUUGAAGUCCUUGGGAUUGUGGGUGAAGGUGCCUAUGGUGUUGUUUUGAAGUGCCGACACAAGGACACCAAUGAAAUCGUGGCCAUUAAAAAAUUCAAGGACAGUGAAGAAAAUGAGGAGGUUAAAGAAACGACACUACGGGAGCUUAAGAUGCUCCGAACCCUCAAGCAGGAGAAUAUUGUUGAGUUGAAAGAGGCCUUCCGCAGAAGAGGGAAGCUCUAUCUCGUCUUUGAGUAUGUGGAGAAGAACAUGCUCGAGCUGCUCGAGGAGUUACCAAACGGUGUGCCGACGGACAAAGCGCGCAGCUACAUCUACCAGUUAAUCAGAGCAAUUCACUGGUGCCAUAAGCAUGACAUUGUCCACCGAGACAUAAAGCCAGAAAACCUUCUCAUCAGCUCCGAUGACGUCCUCAAGCUUUGUGACUUCGGUUUUGCACGUAAUCUCUCUGAGGGGACCGAUGCCAAUUACACCGAGUAUGUGGCCACUAGAUGGUACCGCUCUCCUGAGCUGCUGCUCGGGGCUCCUUACGGGAAGGCAGUGGACAUGUGGUCAGUGGGCUGCAUCUUAGGAGAGCUGAGCGACGGGCAGCCUCUGUUCCCGGGAGAGAGCGAGAUCGACCAGCUUUUUACCAUCCAGAAAGUGUUGGGACCCCUGCCACCGGAACAGAUGAAGCUCUUCUAUAACAAUCCUCGCUUCCACGGGCUGCGGUUCCCUGCUGUGAACCACCCCCAAACCUUGGAGCGAAGAUACCUGGGAAUCAUCGGCGGAGCCCUGCUGGACCUGCUAAAGAACCUGCUGCUGCUGAACCCGACAGAGCGCUUUCUCACAGAACAGAGUCUGAACCACCACGCCUUCCAGACCCUGCGACUCGUGGAGCGGCCCGGCCCACCCACACCCACACCUGUACGCUCCUCCAAGAGAAAACCUCACCAUGGAGACAACACCACCCCCAGCAGGAGCCAUGGGGGAAAGAGCUCAGGAAGCCACCGCUCCAGCACCAGAGAGUGCUCUAGCUUGCCGCGGCACGAAGACCUCCACCCCAGCAAUGAUGGCUUUCUCAACGGCAACAUGCCUGCAGCGAUCAACCUCAGCCCCACCCUGCAUCCCAAGAACUACCAGCCGCAGAUCUUCAACCACUCCAACUCGUGCAACAUGGACCUGGCCAGCAGCAACCUGCCCCAUCUGCUCAGCCCAAGCGAAGCUAAGAGCAAGGGCGACUUCGACAUGAACCUGGGGUCCAAAGUGUCCGACGGCCCCGGAGCCAAGUACCUCAAAUCCAACUUUCGCUCACAGCAGAACCGCCAUUCUUUUGUGGAGGGGAAGACCAACACGCUUCAAUCAGGGGAGAAACACAGUCGACACAGCUACAUGGAGUCCCACAGCUCCACGCCAUCCUCCUCCAAGUUCGGCUACCUAAACUUGUCCAAGAGCUAUGGCACUCUUAGCGACGCUAAGUCAGUGGGGAACUUAAAUGAUGUGCAUCUUUACACGGACGAGCCUACAUCUCGUUAUUUUCCCUCGAGCUGCCUCGACCUCACAGCCCCGAGCAGCCCAGCAGCUCGCCGAGUGGACAGACUGGGACCUGGCACAGCUGGCAGAGGAAGCAUGCGCUCAGACAGAGAGAGCAACACCCUGGACUCGUCCUACAGGCGCUCAUCAACCCGCCACAAGGGCUCCGAGGAGGCCAAAUCGCCAGAUGCUCUGGACCCUGGGGAAAGUGGCGUGGACAGGAGCCACGCUCACUCUCUGUCCGCCCCACACGACCCCCUGCCAUACGGUCAGGGAUACACCAGCCCCUUCUCCUCCCAGCAGCGGCCGCACCGUCACUCCAUGUACGUACGGAGGGACCACCAGAGGACACACGGGGCGGAGGAGGGACUAGUGGUGGGGCAGGGCUUGCCCACCAGAGCCAGCAGCCUCCAGCUCCUGUCUCCGCAGCUGCAGCACCGCACGCUGCCUCGCCACUCUGGGGGCUCCUCCAGAGAGGAAGACAUGAGCAGGAGCGAACAGGCACCCACUGAGGUCACCCACAGCAGACCCCCAAUAAGGGACUCCACAAGGGACAACACAGCAUCUUUUCACACACAGCGGCAAAAAAGCGAGGUCGGCUUGUAUCAUGACCAGCAAGCAGAAGACGGAGGCUCCUCCAAAGAGAACCGCAACAUCUACAGUGAAUCCAUGCCCAGGAGGGUGGGCAGCUUCUACAGAGUCCCGUCUCCUCGGCCAGACAACUCCUUCCAUGACAGCAGGGGUCAGAGCCGGAGCUCGGACGGCAGCAGUUUGUCGAACCACUCCAAACGUCAGCCAGCGUUUGACCCCUGGACUGGCCCAGAUACUGUCGUGCUGAACUCCUCUGAGCCAUCCAAAGAAAAGGAGAAGCAGGGUUUCUUCAGAGCAAUAAAGAAGAAGAAGAAGAAAUCUCAAAUGAUGCAAGUCCCUGAGGGAAGGCCGCCUGUCAUCAAGAAAUGUCUUUUCCCUCUGUUUAGCCCAAAGAAUAACAUAAAGCAUAGCUCCUCUGUGAGAGUCCUCCCUGUAGUGUCCUCUCCCAUGGUUACUGGUGAAGGGGUGGACACAGUCAUCCAGAAGUCCUCCAGGUCCUCCAGUCACCAGAGCAGCCGCCACAGGAACCGCGACAAGAGCAGAGACCGGGACCAAGAACGAGACCGAGACAGGGACAAGGACUGGCCACCUGAGAAACUGUCUGAUUCACACUCUCCUAGUCAGCCACUGAAAUCUCUGCGCAAACUCCUGCACCUUUCGUCCUCGUCCUCCAACCAGACUGCACAGUCUGACAUGCGCUACCAGCCGCUGCCUAAUCCAGCAUCUGCUCAAGGUGGUUUCACGGAGAGCCGGGGUCACUCAGGGGUCAGCACGCCCCAGCUGAAGAGCCGACAGUCAGCCUACCCGCUGCCUGGACAGCUGGAGUCUGGCUGGCACUCCUCAGCCCUGGGCCGCCCCGAGGGCAACCCCUACCCAGAGCAAAUGAGCAUCAAGGGAGGCCAGAACGGGCAUGGCUUCGGACGCCCCUCCAGGUCACGUAUGCCAAACCUCAACGACCUGAAAGAGACAGCUCUGUGAUCUCCCUCACCGUUCAGCUCUCAGAUCCACUUCAGACUCCUCCGUUUCCCCUCUGUUGCUCCUACACGUCCCUUGCGUAACAGUACACCUGCUGACUACACACACACACACACACACACACACACACACACACAUACAUACAUGAACACACAGAUACCAAACCUUCAGUUUUAAACACUGCUUGCGAACAGGCCAAAAGCCUUUUUAUGUCUUCAUUUUUUUUUUAAAGCUUCCAUGUUUGAUAGACUUUAUAUUAUUACUUCUGUAAUUCUGAUUAUAAUUUGUAUUAUAAAGUAAAUAUAUUACAAAUUAAAUAUAUAUAAAUGGAUAGAUAAAGUGUAGAUUUUAAGUGUAAGUAUUUUUGUUUCUAUUCAAUAUAGAAAUAUAGUACAUUUUACUGCGUAGUAUUUCCUUAAGACUAUCUAAGGCAUUCUAAACAAAUGAAGUUUUAUCAGUUGUUACAAUAGAGGUUGGUAAUGUCAGUAACUUUGCAGUGUGUUCAUCUCACCCAGGAU